AUGGCGUCGUUCUCGUCCACCCGAACGGGGAACGUCCGGGGUUUAACGGCCCAUCCAACGCCGUGUUUCUCCAGGUGUUACAUAAACCAGCCGCUCGAUAAGCUCCGGGCGAAGGCGGACACGGGUGGGCCGCACCUGCGAGAGAAGGCCUCCCAUUUCCUUUGGUCCGUGGACGGAGUUUUGGAGAGGGCGGCGGAAUCGCUGCCCGACCAGAACAAGUCGCACGCCUCGACGGAGAAUUUCGAUUUGGAAAUGCAACGAAAGAACUUGACUGCGAGACAGCAAACGAUAUCGCUGAACGUUUCGGGCAAUUCGAUGGAGGUCAACGUACCGGCGCUCACAGGAGAACGCGGCGGGAGCUGCGUAGCUGCGGCUUUCCUGGUCUAUAAAAACCUGGAGUUAAUUCUGGACCAAAGCCUCGACGGGGCGGAGGAGAAUGAAACCGGCUCUAGAGACGGCAGAUUGCAACUGAACACCAAAGUGGUUACGGCCGUCGUGCAGCGUCCCUCAACCCCGAACGCCAGCCUUCACGUCAUUUUCACCUUCAGGCAUUUAGAGACAAAUAAGGUUCUGUUGAACGUGACGUGUGUGUACUGGGAGAGUAAGCUGCCGGGUUGGUCUCCAGAGGGGUGUGAGCUGAUGGGGUUCAACGCCACCCACACCCGGUGUAACUGCACACACCUCUCGAGCUUCGCAGUGCUGAUGGCGCUGCGGGAUCUGCCCGACGUGUUCGCACUGAGGGUCAUUACAUACGUGGGGUUGGGCGUGUCGACGGCGUGCCUGCUCAUGGCCUUUACCGUGUUCGCCUGGUGCUCUCCGCGGCCGGCCUCCGCCAUCCCCAACCGCGCCACCCGGAACACCAUGCACAAGCACCUCUGCGCCACGCUGCUCGCCGGGAACCUCGUCUUCCUGGUCGGAAUUUCGCAGACCGGAAUCCGGGUGGUGUGUGGGUUAAUUGCCGGAGUCCUGCACUACACCUUCCUCGCAGCCUUCUCCUGGAUGUUGCUGGAAGCCGUUGAGCUGUACUGUAUGAUGGAGAUAGUUUUCCCGACCAACCUGAACAGAUAUAUUUAUUGGGUGGGAUACGGACUCCCGGCUCUGGUCGUCGUCGUUUCUGUCUUGUCUAAUCCUCAGGGAUAUGGUACCUCCAGCCACUGUUGGUUGAGUACGGAGCGGUAUUUCACCCUCAGUUUUUUCGUCCCCGUGGGAUUAAUUGUCGUGGCCAACGUAAUUCUUCUCAGCAAAACUUUGGUGAAGGUGAGGGCCGAGAUGCUUAAGAAAAGUGACCGAAACAAGUCUCAAGAGAAACUGGAAGACAUCAGGAUCUUCACGGUGACCGCAAUCGGGCAGAUAUUUCUGCUGGGUUGCACUUGGGUGUUUGGAGCUUUCUUCAUCCAGAGUGCGACCGUCCCAAUGAUGUUCCUCUUCACCAUCUUCAACAGCUUCCAAGGAAUGUUCAUCUUCAUCCUACACUGCCUCGUACCUAAGAAGAUGAGGGAAAUUUUCCUCAAGUGGAUGAGAGGAAACACUUGUUUGGGGUCAUCAAUGAAGUGGACCCUUACCUCCACCUACAGCUCCCGAUCCAAUUCAAACCAGGGGCGACAACCUCACCAGGAGACGGAGACGAUGUCGUCUGGGCUUAUCUAGCGAAGCGACGGACGGAUUUGGGGAAAUUUUGGCUAUUCCACCACUGAUACGGGACCGCAGCAAACAACGCUCGAAAGACCGACGUGUCGGCCUUUGGGGACGAGAAAUCUAUAAUUUUAUUGUCUGACCGUUAUCGCGUGGGUUUCUGUUAAUCUUAUUUGAUGAGCACUGGUAUUCAGAAAGUGUGGGA